CGUGUAUCAGCUUCAGAACAGCGCAGGUUUCGUUCAAAUAUUCGCCAUAAAUUCGAAAUGAGGUUUUUGAAUCAGUCAAUUUGCAGGCCGAGUUUAAUACGAGGCUCUUGUGCACCUCGCGUAGCUUCUGCUGUGCUGGGAAAGCGCUUUCUCACCAACAAUGGCUUCUUCCGAGUUUCGGAGGAGGUGCGGGAGGCACUCAACUCAAAGAAGCCUGUCGUUGCCCUUGAGACGACGAUAUAUACCCAUGGAUAUCCCUAUCCGGACAAUGUAGCCUUGGCAUCUCUUCUUGAAAGCACAGUGCGUGUAAAUGGUGGUGUACCCGCUACCGUUGGAGUUCUGGAUGGAGUUGUCCAUGUCGGCUUGGAACCAGAAGAGUUAAUAAGGCUGGCCUCUUCUGCUGGACAAUCCACGACCUUGAAACUUUCUCGAAGAGAUCUCAGCUAUGUAUGUGGCUUGCGAUUGGCGGGCAAAAAUUUCAAUGGAGGAACAACCGUUGCCGGUACCAUGCUUCUAUCACACUUGGCUGGUAUAAAAGUGUUUGCAACGGGUGGCCUUGGUGGAGUUCACAGGGGUGCGGAGUCCAGCAUGGACAUCUCUGCAGACUUAACAGAGCUGGGCCGAACACCAGUCGCUGUGGUCUCCAGUGGCUGCAAGAGCUUCCUUGACAUCCCUCGUACACUCGAAUACCUUGAGACUGAAGGUGUGUUCGUUGGAACAUUUGCUGAUGGGCGAGAGGGCAAGGUCGACUUCCCAGCUUUCUGGUCGCGGGACAGCGGCCUGAAGAGUCCUAUGACUAUCCAGAAUGAAAUUGAAGCUGCAGCUAUCAUUCAUGCACAGCACACAUUGAAUAUUCAAUCUGGAUUGCACUUCGCAAAUCCUAUUCCUGUGGAAGCUGCUAUUCCAAACGAGACCAUGGAAUCAGUCAUUACUGAAGCCCUACGUCAAGCCGAAGCUUCUGGUGCAACUGGAAAGGACAACACACCGUUUGUCCUGAACAAAGUCAAAGAGCUCACAGAAGGAAAAUCGGUACCCGCAAACGGGGCAUUGAUUGAAUCGAACGUGCGAAGAGCCACUAUAAUGGCAAGAGAGCUAGCGAUUCUAGAAAAGAGCCAGGAAGAGGCGCAAGGACGCACCUCAUCAAGUUUCAAUCCAGUGUUCUCUAGCCCUGCUUCAUCGCCCGAACAGCCCUUGAACAAUGCAAUCCCUACGAAGAGGAAUCCUACAGUCGUUUCGAAGUCCGAAAUCGUUGUAGCAGGGGCUCUAGCGGUAGAUUUCUCCUGUGACUUUGCGCCUUUCACUAACACUUCGUCUGCAAUCGAUCCGGCACUCCAUACAUCGAACCCAGCUAUUAUCAAUCAGACUCUUGGAGGUGUCGCCCAUAAUAUAGCAAAAGCCGCUCAUCUUCUUGGUGCUUCUGUGCAACUCCACAGUGCCGUUGGUGACGAUCUGAGUGGACGCGCAGCCCUUGGUCAACUCAGUGAAGAUGGCAUGUCAAUUGACAGUAUCAAGGUUCUUCCACAGCCAGCUCGAACGGCACAGUAUGUAGCCAUCAACAAUUCUCGGAAAGAUCUUACCCUUGCAAUGGCAGACAUGAAGAUUCUCGAAUCCAUUCCCACCACAACAGUUGACGCCAUGCUUCGUGAGGCGUCAUCUGCUUCUCCAAAGCUUCUCAUUCUCGAUGCCAAUUGGGAUAGUAUCACUCUCCACAAAUACCUUGCUCUCGGUAAAAGUUCUUCGUCUACUACUACCAUUUUCGAACCGGUCUCCACCGCCAAAGCCCUCCGCAUCCUACCUCCCAAGCCCGAUCACACCCCAAUUGUGGACAUAAUAACACCAAACGAUUUCGAACUGAAAGCACUGCAUGAUCAUGCCUAUUCCAUGAGUCUUUUUGACAAUCCAGCUUGGUUUGCCACAAUUGACGCACUGGGUAUCCCAUCAUCAGGGUUGCGCGUUCCACUCAGCGUUACUACCACUCCUGCCAUAGUAGACUCGGGCAUUCCUCAACAGGCUAUCAAGCUUCUACCUUUCUUUUCAACGAUUCUCACGAAGUUGGGUCCUCAAGGUGUUCUACUUACGCAAAUCAUCGAACCAAACGACCCUAUUCUUUCUUCUCCCGAGCAGGCUCAGUACGUGCUUGCGCGAAAUACGACUGGAGAUGCGAACGUGGGAGGUCUCUAUGUCAGGCUGUAUGCACCUGAAAGAGUACUUAAGGAUGAAGAAGUUGUCAGUGUGAACGGCAUAGGUGAUACGUUCGUCGGCGCGCUGGCCACCGGGUUGGUCAAAGGGAAGAAAGUAAGGGACGCGGUUGAAUUCGCACAGAAAGCGUCACUGUUAAGCUUGAAGAGCAAAGAAAGCGUGAGCCCUGAUUUGAGAAAGCUCGGAAUGUAA